UUUUUUUUUUUUUUUUUUUUUAGUUUAGUAAAUUAAUGCAGCAAGAAACUCCCAAGAUCUGGCGAGUCCUAGCAGGGGAGAGAGGGCAGAGGGGAGAUGAGAUGCCUUAGGAGGACACUGAGCCACUUUCUUUCCGAGCACAAUGGAAGUGCUUCCCAAGAAACUUCCCCUUCGCUCCCCUCCGCUCUAGCCCUGAGCAAUGGGACACCUUCCCUACAGCAGCAAUAACUUAUUCGGGAGGAAAAUAGCCCAGGAAGCAGGAAUCAACAGCAGCCAAACGGCGGGCAGGAAAGAGACACAACCGGGACUGCAGCACGGCUCCACACUGACAAAUUCCUGUGGAUGUAAUUAGGAAGACACCCCGGCCAGCAGCGGAGAUUAAACCCUGGGUUGUUGAGGGUCGUCGUCCCCCUCUCCCAUCUCACCCCCAGCACCCCGAUGGCAAACCUACACCCGCUGCGUCCGCCCCUGUCGCCAGCUUGAUGUCCGGAGCGGCAUCCCGCUGAAGGGAGGCUUCCGUGCGGGCAGCCCGGAGCUCCGGCCCCGAGCAGCACUGCAGUGGCGGUGGCGGGGGCACCGGCGGAGGAGGGACGAGCCGAGGCAGCGGCGGAGCGGAGCCGCCGCUGUCCGCGGUGCUGAGCGGGCGCGCACCGGGCGCUGUCCGGGUGCUGAGCGCGGCCGCCCGCCCGCCGCUGGCCGCGGUGCUGAGCGGAGCCGCCCGCCCGUGCCAGGGGUGUUUCGCUUCCCCCACCGCUUCUCCCCAAGUGCCCGGUUACUUUAUUGGCCAACCCCACCGGCCCACCCCUCACGGAGUACAAAAAAAAGAAAAAAAAAAAAAAAAAAAAAAAACCACAACAAAACAGCGAGAGCUGGAAAAAUGUGCAACGUCAACGCGCUCGGAGUGUACGUGUGGGAGACGAUCGUGUUCUUCAGCCUGGCAGCCUCCAAAGAAGCUGAAGCAGCAGCUCGCUCUGCCCCCAAACCCAUGUCUCCUUCGGAUUUCUUGGAUAAGUUGAUGGGGCGAACUUCGGGAUACGAUGCCAGGAUUAGACCAAAUUUUAAAGGCCCACCAGUGAACGUCAGCUGCAACAUUUUCAUCAACAGCUUUGGUUCGAUUGCAGAAACAACUAUGGACUACAGGGUGAACAUCUUCCUGCGGCAGCAGUGGAAUGACCCCCGGCUGGCCUACAACGAGUACCCUGACGACUCCCUGGACCUGGACCCCUCCAUGCUGGACUCCAUCUGGAAACCUGACUUGUUCUUUGCUAACGAGAAAGGGGCCCAUUUCCAUGAGAUUACCACAGACAACAAGCUGCUGAGGAUCUCCCGGAAUGGCAAUGUCCUCUACAGCAUCAGGAUCACGCUGACUCUGGCCUGCCCCAUGGACCUGAAGAACUUCCCCAUGGAUGUACAGACAUGCAUCAUGCAGUUAGAAAGCUUUGGCUACACAAUGAAUGAUCUCAUAUUUGAGUGGCAAGAAAAAGGAGCAGUGCAAGUUGCUGAUGGGCUGACAUUGCCUCAGUUUAUCCUCAAAGAAGAAAAAGACUUGAGAUACUGCACGAAGCAUUACAACACAGGCAAGUUCACCUGUAUAGAAGCUCGUUUCCACCUGGAGAGGCAGAUGGGCUAUUACUUGAUCCAGAUGUACAUCCCCAGCCUUCUCAUUGUCAUUCUGUCCUGGAUCUCCUUCUGGAUCAAUAUGGAUGCAGCACCUGCUCGUGUGGGCCUGGGGAUCACCACGGUGCUCACCAUGACCACGCAGAGCUCUGGCUCCCGAGCAUCGCUGCCCAAGGUGUCCUACGUGAAGGCCAUCGACAUCUGGAUGGCUGUGUGCUUGCUGUUUGUGUUCUCUGCCCUUCUGGAGUACGCUGCUGUCAACUUCGUGUCUCGGCAGCACAAAGAGCUGCUCAGGUUCAGAAGGAAGAGGAGGCAUCAUAAGAGUCCCAUGCUCAAUCUGUUCCAGGAGGAUGAAGCUGGUGAAGGCAGGUUCAACUUCACCGCCUACGGGAUGGGGCCAGCUUGCCUGCAAGCCAAGGAUGGCCUCUCUGUCAAGGGCGCCAACAACAACAACACGGCCAACCCAGUGCCGCCGCCGUCCCGCUCCCCCGAGGAGAUGAGGAAGCUCUUCAUCCAGAGAGCCAAGAAAAUCGACAAGAUCUCCCGCAUCGGCUUCCCCAUGGCCUUCCUCAUCUUCAACAUUUUCUACUGGAUCAUCUACAAGAUUGUCCGCAGAGAGGAUGUGCACAACCAGUGAGGGGAGGGGAGCAGCCGGGAGGGAGCGAGCAAUCCUUUAUAUAUGUGCAAUAGCAAUGCAGCAAUGCAUGAAUUUAAGAAUGCGGCAAUAUCUACUAAAAAACAAACAAAAAGAAAAAAAAACGGGGAGGGGGGCUGGGAGGAACUUUUAAUCAUGUGAACUGAGGGCAACUGGCACAGGGAGGAGAAAAGAAGCUCUUGAUCUGGGGAGCGCAGGGUGGGAGUUAGUUUUACAGCAUAGGAAGAUUUGGAUUGCUCCAGCAAUCCAAGCAGUGUAAUAUAGUAAUAUAUAUUCAUGCUUAAUUAUAAUGCAAAAAGAAAACAAUCAAAAAAAAAAAAAAAGAAAAAAAGACCAACAAAAAAAAAUCCUUUUUUUAGCCUAUUAACAGCUUAGAUUCUCAAGUCACUGGAAUGAUUCACGAUUCCAUGUGCAGAAACUACUGCAAUUACGCUUUAUCUGACUUUUGCUAUAGAAAGGCCAUACCAGUCAAGCACGUGGGGGGGAAAAAAGCCCUAACAAAAGGAGAAAAACACCUCAAGAAAAUCAUUCUGUGCUUCUCUAAGUUUUGCACUUUGAAAACUGGACAGAUGGGGAAACUUAAGAAAGAGGCUGUGGAUUGCUGUUUAUUUUAUAUAUUUACUUUUUUUAGUCACGGGUUUGCCGAUCAAACACUUUGUGACUUUUGCAUAGAGGAAAGCAAACACAUUAUCUCUCUCAUCCCCAUCAGAGAGCAUCCAAAGGAAACCCAAGAAGGACAUCAGGGCCUUCAUCAGAAAUCACAGGUACCUUCUGUCCUUUUAAACAAACUGGCAGGGUUCGAGUCCUAGGAGGCAGAAAUACUAUUCAGAACACUAGAAACGAUGAAGGAUUUUUUAAAAAGUUUUUUUUUUUGGUUUGUUCUUUUUUUUUUUCCAAACCCCUUUCUGCCAUGUUUGUUUACAAUGGGGGGAUGGAAGCAAUUGUAUUUAAAAUAUAGAGAAAACAGGCAUCUUGAUGCCUUGUUUUGACAGGACCGGGCGUGUGGCAAUACUGUCAGUAAGGGGGGUGGGGGGCAGGUGUGUAUAAAGAGAGCAGCUUUUAUUUUCUGACAUUUCAUAGCAGUUAUAUUAAUAGUGAAGCCGGGCUGAUGGACCCAAAAUUCUAUUUUUGUAUCUAUUUUGGUGCUGUAUUUACCUUUAACAUGGAUGGGAAGAUGGAGCAGGCUGGUUUGCCCCUCUCUGCUGUCUGGCAGAGAUAGGGGGGAGGCUGGCAAAGCUUG